CUAAAGCUAUUUCAUCUGGGAAAUACACUAAAAAUAAAGGAGAAAGGGUUCCAGACUGGAGAAGACGUAUUAUUCCAAAAUACAAUGAACUAAAGAACCAAAAUUUAAAUCCUGAGAGCAA